GUGUAGCGUGUAUUCAGGGUCGUCGAGAUUGCAUUGCGAUUUGCGAUUCGACAUCUGGUGAGAGGUUAAGUUUUGAUGUCAGUACGUUAAAUUAUGAAAUAAGAAAUCGUGGCGUGGAUGUGAUUAAUAUAUAUAGCAAAAUGGAUCCGGCUUUACUCAGAGAGCGAGAGCAAUUCAAGAAACGUGCUCUGACCACACCAGUAGUUGACAAGAAGAAGCAGGAGAAAGAAACAACGAAAGAUGAGCCGCCAAAGAAGAAAUUUAAACCAUCGUUCGUAUCUACAGGACCUAAAUUGGACAUGGUCAAUUAUAAAACUAUGACUGGUAGUACGCAAUACAAAUUUGGCGUGUUAGCGAAGAUAGUAAAACACAUGAAAGCAAGGCAUCAGGAAGGGGAUGAUCAUCCGUUAACGUUGGAAGAGAUUUUAGACGAAACAAAUCAAUUAGACGUUGGAUCAAAGGUCAAACAAUGGCUACAAACUGAAGCUUUAGUACAAAAUCCUAAGAUUGAAGUAACCGAUGGUAGAUUUGUCUUUAAACCUAUGUAUAAAAUUAAAGAUAAAAAAUCCUUACUGAGACUUCUAAAACAGCACGAUUUAAAAGGUCUCGGUGGUAUAUUACUGGAAGAUAUACAAGAAAGUUUGCCACAUUGUGAUAAGCAUUUAAAAAAUUUACAAAACGAGAUAUUGUAUAUUAUACGACCGCUCGAUAAGAAAAAGAUUAUUUUUUAUAACGAUAAGACAGCUCAAUUCCCCAUUGAUGAAGAAUUCCAAAAAUUAUGGAGAGCUGUUGCUGUAGAUGCCAUGGACGAUCAGAAGAUAGAUGAAUAUCUUGAGAAACAAGGGAUUAGAUCGAUGCAGGAUCAUGGGCUCAAGAAGCCAGCACCAAUCAAACGAAAGAAACCUGUUAAUAGAAGGAAACAAUUUAAGAAACCAAGAGAUAAUGAACAUUUGGCAGAUGUUUUGGAAACAUACGAUGAUUAAGAAUUUCCUGAUUAUUCUGCCAUAUCAAAUAAACUUACAUAAAAAUUAUAAGAAUAACUGAAUGUAAAUAAAGUAGGGAUAUUACUAAA